AUACCGAAUCAAAACAUAGUAUAUCGUCUGUGUCAGAGAGAGACGCAUCCAGGUAUACCAGGAACACAAUUCCACACAGCGAGAUCAUUCCAUCAAAAUGUUUUCCCCAACUUUACAAUUGUUAAUGUUGAGAAACCACCAUGCUUUUUGCGAAAGUUCUCCCCGGAUGGACAACAUUUCAUUGCUUUCUCUGCUGAUCAAACAUCGCUUGAAAUUUAUCAGUUUCAGGGUCCGGCUGCAGCUGAAGAAUUAUUACAGAACACAAAAUUUGGACCAAUCACAGCGAAUGAUGAACUUUCACAGACAAUACGAAGUCAGAUAUUUCAGAAAUUCUUUGUUUUACGGCAUAGCGUUAAUGUGGCCCAAAAUGGCGAACAUUUAAACCGGGAAUGUAGCCUAUUCACGGACGAUGGCCGAUUUGUUAUUGUUGGUUCUGCUGCAUAUGUUCCUGAAGAGCCAUACCCAUAUUUUUUCGACGUGUACCGAAAUAAUGAAUCUGUGUCGCCUAAUCCUAGAUCGCCGUUAGAGGACUAUUCCCUGCAUGUGGUUGACAUGUAUUUAGGUAUUCUUUGUGAUAGUAGACAGUUAAAAUGUGAUAAAGUCUUUCUUUCCCACAACCAGGGCCUCUAUCUUUACCGUAACAUUUUAGCUGUACUUUCAGUUCAACAACAGACGAUUCAUAUAUUUCAAGUCACAGCUGAAGGUGCUUUCAUAGAUGUACGGGUCAUUGGUCGGUUCUGUUACGAGGACGAUGCACUUAUUUUAUCUUCAGUCCGAGCUGAAGGGAAUGCAGCUCCUCAGCCUGAUAGACCAUUCCGAGAAGCAAGUAUAAACUCUCUGAAACACAGGUUAUUGGCGUUUCUGUGGAGGAAGGCUGCCGCAGAUGGUUCACCUACAGCAUUACGAAGAUUUUAUCAGUUCUUUGAUCAAAUCCGGCUGCUGAGAAUGUGGAAAAUGCAGUUACUGGAUGAGACACACUUACUGAUUAAGUAUGCCAGUGAAGAUGUUGUAACACUUCGCGUUCCAGACCCAAACUCGCAGCCGUCAUUCUUUGUUGUGUAUAACAUGCUGUCAACCAAAGUAGUGGCUGUGUACGAGAACACAUCUGAAGAACUUUUAGAACUCUUUGAGAAUUUCUGUGAUCUGUACCGAAAUGCGUCACUCCAUGCACAUGCACAGUUCACAUGUUCAGCAUCAAGCAACGUUCAUGCCAGACAGAUCCAGAGACGAUUCAAGCAUACAAUUAUCAAUGCGAAGUAUGGUGGCCAUAUGGAGGCUGUUAAGAGGUUACUAGCCCAGUUACCCAUCAGUUCACAGUCUUACAGUAGCAGUCCUUACCUGGAUUUAGCAUUGUUUAGUUAUGAUGAUAAAUGGGUUUCAGUUAUGGAAAGACCCAAGGCAUGUGGAGAUCACCCAAUAAGGUUUUAUGCACGAGACUCUGGGUUGUUAAAAUUCAAGAUACAUGCUGGUGUAUUAGGACGACCAACACCACCUACUGCGAGACGAUUAGUGGCUUUUACCUUCCAUCCUUACGAACCGUUUGCGAUCUCUGUACAGAAAACCAACGCUGAGUAUAUUGUUAAUUUUCAUAUUAGACACAUCUCCGUUGACUAAAAAUAAAGAUUGCUCUGAUAAAGUAUUCCCUUAUUGGAUUCUACAUAUUGAGGGAUACUUGCAAGGUAGCUUGGAGAUGCGUCUCUAAAAGUGAUAAAAAGGAUUUCCUCGCUGGGUACAAAUAUUGCUGAAGGUUUUAUGUUUGCAAUAGUUGAAAAAUGCAGUGUAUACAUUUUUGCCAUGUACUAGUAUCCCACAAAGGUCAACUCUGCUGAAAAAAGUUUAAAAUAGAUUUGCUUAAGUACCCUACAAAACUGCGUCAUAUGCAUACUGGGUUAAAUCGCAAAUCAAACUGAUGUGCAAAAGUAAGCUUAUUUAUUGUCUCGGUACCAAUGCUCAAAAGAUUGAAUCAUAUUACGUCUGAGAAAUAGACACAAAUCAAGCAAUGACAAAGUAAACACUGUUUACAACUAAAAUUUACUUUAUAAUAAUAAUAAACAGAAACAUGUUGACUACUUUAUUUGAACAAAUCUUUUUAAUAACCAGAACAAGCAAUGAACUGUUUUGCAUAUAAAUUAAUAUAAUAUUUUUGGCUGCAUGUUUAUUGCAUACAGAGCAAUGAUUUUAAUCAUUAGUGCAUCAGAUGAUAUUUAAAAAAAAUAUUUUGUAUCUUGGCUGAAGAGAUUGUGUUAUUCUUUUGUUGAGCUAAUUUUUGCUUAUCAUGCCUGUCUCCACAUACAAAAGUCAGGAGUUACAGCAGUGGCAUUAAAUGUCUGAGACCAUUCCAAGAAGCAAGAAUAAA